AUGGCGGUUGCGUUUUCCACCCCGCUGCGUGCGAUUCCGAACCCUGGUUCUGACUUCACGCGGCCCCCUGACCUCGAGUCACCCACCAACUUUUCCCCUAUCAACCAGCGUCCUGCUAAAAGAGCGAGCCAUCAGGCACCCCCGCUUCAAAUGGGUGGCAGCACGCAAGAAAACAGGCCUGGGAAGGCCUCUAACACCCUCAAAUCCCUACUCGAGGACGCCGAGAAACACGCCAAACUAAGACAAGAUAUCCUUAUAUCCUUUGCCGCGACCGUCGAUAGAUUUGUGGCCAGCCAAAAAAGCCCGGAAAGCCGGGCCUUCGCACACAGCUUCAGCAAGUCCUUUAUCCAGUAUAUAUCCACCAAGCAUUUUGCCACAACCAGCGACCACGUCCCCAUCCAAGCCAGUAACAACCCUAUCCGGAACGACUCAGCCACAACCAACUCUGCCAAGUCGGUCUUGUGGGCGGGAAUUGUGAAAACCCCAAAAACUCAGGGGCUCUGA